AUGUCUUCAACUAAUUCUAAGAAAUUAAACUCUACAAUGAACAAUAGCUUGAGGAAAAAAUAUAUCCAGUCAUCUCUACGAAUAAAUUCCAAAAAUUCCAAAAAUAUUUUUGAAAGAUGUUAUAAUUGUAAUAUGGUAUAUAAUAAAGAUUCAGCCAUAGAUUUAAAUAAUCAUAAAAAGUUCCACGAUUUAUCUUUGAAUGGACGUAACUGGAACAAGAGCUGGGGUGAAAUAAUAACAAAUCAUAGCAAAUGCAACGAUAUACACAAUAUCACAGAUAACAUUAAGAAAAAUAAAGCAAAUACUUUAGACAAAUAUUUUCUUACUCCACCAACUAGUAGCAUUACCUCUCCCAAAAAGGGCAAUAAUAUAUUACUGAAAACAGACACUCGUAUGAAAAAGGAGUACAUUGUAGAGAUACGAAAGACUUUUAAUAGUGAGAUACGGGCCGCUACUCAGCUUAUGGAACUUGUUAAUAAUGAACUGAAUGCCCCACAUGAUGAAAAUGAUUUUUGGAGCACUCCUUCAGGUAACGGUAAAGCGUUUGGUUACAUUAAAGAUAAUAAAUUGGUUGGUAUUACUACAAUUGAAAUUUUGGACUUAAAUUGCAAGAGAGGCAGAUGGAUGAUUUCAGAUAGCAAAGUUAUUGUUGAAAAUGUUUUUCCAUACUUUAAAUUAGGCAUAUCUAGAAUAUGGGUUUGCAAAAAUCAACGAGGAAAAGGCAUUGCGGCAAAAUUGUUAGAGGCAGCAAGAUUGAACACAUUGGUACGAACAAAAGAAGCAAGUAUAGAGCUAGAAAAAUGGAAUUUAGCAUGGAGUCAGCCAACAGAGAUGGGUGGGAAAUUGGCUUUAAAAUAUAACAGCGUGAAACAUAAAUCAGGUAAACUUUUAAUACCGUGCUAUAUUUAA